UCAAUUGCACCAAAGAACAUACAAAGAUGUGCGGGACACUGAUGUCUAUCCUGAUCCUGUGUGGGGAUGUAUUCGACUUUAUAAUGGACUGGGUAUUCUACGAUGACAUUAAGAAUGCUCAGGAUGGUUUAGUUUUUGGACCUCAUGACAAAAAACUGGUAAUGGCAACACUUGUGUUCUGCAUAAUUGGGACGGUCACCUUCAUCACAGAAUGUGCUAUUAACAGACUAGAAUAUAAAUGGAACAAAAAACAUAAUUGGAGAUGGAGUGAGAAAUUAGAUACAAUAUCUAAGAUUUCAGAGGUGAUGACAAUGAUAACACUGUUUAUUGAAGAUUUGCCUCAGAUCCUCAUUAACUUUGCUGUUGCCUUGUGCAGGGAAGAAGUUACAAACGUUGUACAAAUAGUUAAGGCAGUAUCGUCAUUAGUCGAAGUUAUCAUACUUCUAGGCAUUUUGUUUGUAAAACAUCGUCAGGUUAAAAGGAAAGGGGAAAUAAAAGCAUGGAGAAAAUGGGUUUUUUGGGUGACAAUCGUCAUUUCAUUCCUGAUAUUUGCGUUUUCGGUGGCUGUGUUUGGCCUGGAAAACAACCUCAACAAGGAAAAGAUAGACUUUGACAGCCAUGGCUUGGAAGGCAAAGAAGCAGAUCGCUAUCUCCAGGGAGUCAAUGUUUUUAUGAAAUCUCCAACCAUUCCAAACAUGGCGGAUGAUCAGUGGCUGAAUAUCACAGAUAUCAAAACCAUAACGAAAUUCCCCGAUCAGUCUUCAAAUAUGGUGGUAAGCGUUUUCGUCAAUGAACAGUAUGGAUGGAUAAAGAAACAGUCGACUACGUCUGGGGAAACACUGUCGUGUUACCAGGCAGCACAGACAUCGAUGAUGAGUCCUCUUCCUUCAGCAAAAUGCCGUGAAAUUCUGUCUAAUACCACCGACGGUACUUACAUAACGGUGAAGCUGGAGUAUGUCCUCCCGAACAGACAUCAGCCACUAGGGGAUAUACUCUACAACUACAGGGUCACCGAUCAAAAUUGUAGGCCAAUCUCAUCAUCGCCUGUGACCUUGCAGUACUUCAAGAGAUCAGGCAGCAAAAUCAGUCAUUUCUUUUCCCUUGCAACUGACCUGGAUGACGUAAGAGAGGUUUGGAAAACAGGCAGUAGCUUUUGCAAGAGUACCGCCCGCGAGCGUCCUAAAUUAUCCUCUGUGAUAACUGUACCCUGUGAACCUCUGAGGUAGCUGUGUUUCCAGGGAGCAAGUUAUCUUGCAUUUAUUGUAAUUUUGGAUAUAAGAUCUACUGUAAUUCAUGUUAUUUACCUUGAACAUGCCUCAAAAAAUAUCAUGUAUAGAGUGGUGGGGAAAAAAAGCGUGUGAAUUGUUCUAUGUGACAUAAGUUAUUGAAUUAUAAUAUCAAUACAUGUAGAAUAAUGAUAUUGUUGGUUUUUUAAUUAUGAAUAUAUAUAUAUGGUUACUCAGCUUGAUUUGAAUUAUGUCUCGUUUGUGUUUGUCCAUGUUUUACUACGUACGUUCAAUGUCAGAUGUAAAAUUGGCACAUCAGAUAUGUGAUUGAUCGAGCUCCCGACAGUGGAAAAACAGCAGUUAGUCUGUGACUAGAGCUAACUUUUCGCCAUGAGGACGUGUGUACACAGUAUAAAAUGCAUUUUAUAAUAAAACCAUGAAUAUUCUUUAAAUGUCGACUAUUUUCCCUACAAUUUGCUAUUUCUGUUAAGAGUGAAGCAAAAUUCAGGAUGUUUCUUGGAGAAUGUGUGUAAAAUAACAAAGGAUUGUUUUGUACAGUAUAAGUUUGAUAUUGUUUGUACAUUAUGUUAAUGGAAGGCUGGUAGCGUGUAUCGUUCGGCUGCUAUCAAUUAGUUAAUAUGGUGUACCUUUGGUGUAAAUUGAAAGUUCACGUAGAUAAUUUUUACUUUCAUUACAAUAUACAGCUAUAUUUUAAAAAGUAAACACAUGUGUAUUUGGAUAGUAAACAUAUAGUUUUAGUUUGGUAGGCAUCGUAGUUGACAAGUGGUGGCGCAGAUAUACAGCAUUUUACUUUAGUUUUACAUAAAAAUGAUAUAAUAUAUUUAACACAUUUGUGUCUUGCAUUACAUUGACUGCACUUGAUAAUAAUAAAUAAUAAUACUUCGAGG